UAGCGUCCGAGAUUCGAUAGCGCUCGCUGAUUUCGUAUGCGCGCGCGCGCACGCACACACUUCGCCGGGUCGCGCACGCCGUCGGAAUAAGCACGAAGGCCCCAACGAGCGUAUACGGUCUUUGCGCGUCCACAUGGCAUCCAAAGCUAACGGGCUUGGUCGCGACGGCACGGCCAAUUCGGUUCGGUACGCAGUAGCCAGCGCGACGGGCCUCGAAGGUCCCGAUCAGAUCCUUUCGUCAGAGGUCGAUACGACAUGGGAGCCAAGCGGCAGAACGCGAAUAAAAGUAGGUGUCUACGAAGACGACGAUUACGAGCCCCUGUCGAUUCCUGGCUUUCUCGCUCGCACGGCCAGCAAAUACCCCAAUCGGCCGGCACUUGUUUCCAGACCUGGAGUCGAUGGCCAGCGCACUACCAUCACGUACAAAGAGUACGAAGCUCAGGUGAGGACCGUUGCCAAAGCUUUCUUGCAUUUGGGCCUCGAGAGACAUCACAGCGUCUGUAUUCUUGGAUUCAAUUCGCCGGAAUGGUUCAUCUCCGAUCUUGCGGCUAUCUACGCUGGAGGAUUCGCGGCUGGAAUAUACACGACCAAUUCGCCGGAAGCUUGUCAAUAUUGUGCGGAAAGCAGCAGGGCAAACAUAAUCGUCGUUGAGGACGCCAAACAGCUGGAAAAGAUCUUGGAGAUCAGGAAAAACUUGCCGCACUUGAAGGCGAUCGUUCAGUACGAGGGCGCUCCAAAUAGGAAAGACGUCUUGAGCUGGAGCCAGCUGAUGGAGAUAGGCCAUGGACAGCCGGACCAUCAGUUGCAGAGCGUCUUGAAGACUAUCGGCGCCAACGAAUGCUGCACUCUCGUCUACACCUCAGGAACCACGGGAAAUCCAAAAGCCGUCAUGCUGAGUCACGACAAUCUCCUGAGCGACGCUCGGGCGAUCUUGAAAGCCGUCGGCCUUGUGAAAGAAGCGCAAGAAAUCGGCGUUAGCUUUCUUCCACUGUCGCACGUUGCUGCUCAGAUACUGGACAUAUUCGUCAGCAUCUCGAUGGCUAGUACGGUCUACAUGGCCGACAAGCACGCGCUGAAGGGUAGCCUCCUCGAGACCUUGGUGGCCGCGCGACCAACCGUGUUUUUCGCUGUGCCGCGCGUGUGGGAGAAGAUCUACGAGAAGAUGCGGGCCGCCGCCCGAACCCACGGACCGAUCAAAAUCUGGAUCGCCACUUGGGCCAAGACGCAGGGUCUGCAGUACCACACGAAUCGCAUGAACGGGCUCGACUACAAAUCCUGGGGCUACACUCUCGCCAAGCAUCUGGUCUUCAACAAAGUCAAGGCAACUUUGGGGUUGGACAGAUGCAAGAUUUUCAGCACUGGAGCGGCGCCUUUGAGUGCCGAGAUCAAGCAGUACUUCAUCAGUCUGGACAUUAUGAUAAUCGAUACUUACGGCAUGUCAGAGUGCGCGGCUGCCCACUCGAUCGCCACCCACGAUAGUUUCAAACUUGCCAGCGUUGGUAGAACUCUACCGGGAUUCGGCACUCAUUUGGAUAACAUGGACAGCGAAGGCGAGGGUGAAAUUUGCAUGAGUGGCAGACACGUGUUCAUGGGGUACCUCAACGAUCCCGAGAAGACGAAAGAAGCCAAAGACGAGAAUCAUUGCCUGCACAGUGGAGAUCUCGGGAAGAUGGACGCCGAUGGAUUUUUAUACAUCACCGGCAGAAUCAAGGAGCUCGUUAUCACUGCCGGUGGCGAAAAUAUUCCUCCGGUUCGUAUCGAGCAGCAACUCAAGAAGGAGUGUCAUGCCAUCAGUAAUGCUAUGCUCAUUGGAGAUCGAAGAAAGUAUUUGACGAUGCUCGUUACAUUGAAGACCGAAGUGAACGUGGAAACUGGAGAGCCAUUGGAGACCUUAACUAAAGAAUCAGUAGACUGGGCCAAGUCUCUGGGUAGCCAAGUCAAAACUAUCAAAGAGGUUGUUGAUAACGAAGAUCCAAUCAUACAUAGAGGAAUUCAGGAUGCAAUAAAUCGAGCCAACACCAAGGCAAUAAGUAACGCUCAACGUGUGCAGAAGUUUAAGGUCUUACCACAUGACUUUUCCUUGCCAACCGGAGAGCUAGGUCCAACCUUGAAAUUGAAGCGAAACGUGAUCGUAAACAAGUAUGCCGACCUUAUCGAAGAUAUGUACAAAGAAUAAUAGUUUUCUUAAAAGUUAUUCUGUUGUGGUGAUGCCCAUGUACCUGAUACUGAAUUCAAUUUUACCUAAGGGGAUUCACGUUAAUAAUUUUGGCCUUUUAUUUGCGAUGAAUAAAGCACGCACAGUGUCAAUCGAAUUUUUAUAACUAUUAGUGGUAUAUAGAAAAAAAUGGUUUAUUUUGGAAGGGAAAGAUUUUGUUAUAUUAUUAUAUUAGGCGUCAAUUAUUUUUCAUUAUAUGAUAUACAAUAAAUUAAAGCUGAUAUUUAAAACAAGACAGUAAUUGUAAUCAAAAUAUUAGUAUAUUCAAUGUACACUGCUCGUCAAUCACUUUUGCCAUGCUUACCUCAAAAUUAGGCAAACUUGAAUGUUUUGUAUCUCGGUCGGAAAUCAUCGUAUCACAAAAAACCGCACGGCAUUUUAAAGGUAAUUGCAAAAGCUUCCAUUUAAGACGUGCAGAGACCUUUUUUUUCAAUCCUCAAUUACUUCGACUUACGUACGUCUUGGAAAAAAAUGCCAAGGAGAAAAAAGUUUCAUUUUGUGCCCAACAAUACGAAAAUAAAGUCAAAAUAAAGAAAUAGAGAAAAGUU